AUGCUUCGCCCCGACAUCUUCCAGGGGUUCCGUAUGGUUCAGGAAAUGGAGCGAGAUCAAAUUCUCUACACGCUGACGGAUGGGAGUCAGCCGUUUGAUCUGCAUCUUGGCUGCUCUAACCUGAUGAUCAAUUUCUCGCCGAACCUGCCCGUCGAGAUGCUUCGCCCCGACAUCUUCAAUGGGUUCCGGAUGGUACAUGAAAUGGAGGAAGAUGUGAUUUUCUACACGCUGACGGAUGGGACUCAACCUUUUGAUCUGCAUCUGUGUCGCUAUUACCUGUUUGUGGCGGGACGAAUCUGGUGGGUU